UCGAUUUUAUCGAUAACAUCCACGUUAAUUUUAGCUCUGUGAUUUUUAAUUUUAUUAUUAGUUAAUAAUUAAUUUGUAAAUUGUUUUAUUAUUUAAUCAUAUUGGUCUUCGAAAACGCUACACGUAGAUGUAUCACACGAAAUAUGACAUCCAAAAAUAACAAAAAUUAAAGAAAAAGAAAUUUUUUAGUGCCAUUAAAUACAAGUGUUGUUAUGAACCAAGAAUUACAUGACAGUGUUAUUACUUAUAAUAUACUAAAAUUAAUACAUUCUUAUUACAUAUAAUAAAUACACAUUUUAAUAAAAUCUAACAAAAUAAUUAAAAUCCCGUCAUUUCAAACUCAAAACCAGCUCCGUCAAGCUUAGUAUGGCACAAAGAGUGGUUAUUAAAGCUGCUCAUGUGACCCAGUCACUCAGGUGCGCAAGCACGCCAACCAAUCCCUAGCUGCUAGUGAACUUGUCAACAUUUAAGUUGAGAUUCUCAACUUUAAACUGGACUGUCGUCUGAAUGGACUAGCGGUGUUAUUUAAUAAUUAUUGUGGUUUUAUUAUUAACUAGAAAUUGAUUAAAUUUAACGUUUCACAGGUGAUUUAACGAUGUCAAUAAAUGAACUUCCAGAUGACUGCUUGCUGACUAUUUUCGAUUACAUACAAGAUUUACAAGAUUUAAUAAACUGCUUCAAAGUUUGCGAAAAAUGGUCUAAUGUAAUUGUUGGUCGGACAAAAAGAGUCAAAUAUUUGACUGACCAAUGGUUUUAUCCGCCUGAUCAUUUUUACAGUCUUGUAAAUCGACCUGUUGAUGUAACCUGUUUGAGCAAAUUGUUUCCAAAUUUAAGGUUUUUAUUUUUUUACUUUUCACAGAUUGCUGACGUUACAAUCCUAUUACAUGCAAAAGUACCAAUCGAAGAUAUUGAUAAACUAAUCAUAGAUUCAGAAUCUUUGAAAGGAAUCAUUUAUAAUAAAUAUUUGGAUUUCGAAUGGAAAAUGGCGUACGCUAACCUCGAAAUGCUAUCUACCAGAUAUAUUGAUUCAAGCAUGAAAGGAAUCUAUAGCAAUGUGAAACAAUUGCACCUUUGGAAGUGUGAUUUCAAAUACGUCGCACAUUGUUUUCCAAAUCUCGAAAGGCUGCAAAUAUUGAAUUUAGAAGACUUUCCAGAAUAUUACUCUGAUGCUCCAGUAUUGGCAAAGCUUAAGAUAGUUGAAAUAAAUUUGCAUCUGAAUUGUAGGAAAGGCGUUUGUUGUUCACUUGUAUUCAUGGAUUCGUGCCCAGCAUUACAGAGUGCUCAUAUCGAAACUGAGUGCAGACGCAUCGUGUUCAAUGAUGCGAUAAAACAUUCAAACUUACGAGAUUUGGUUCUACAAUUAAGCAAGUCAAUCAUGUGGAAUGACCUACGAAGACUACUGUCGAAAUAUCCCAAUCUAAAGCAUUUGGCAAUAAGAGGCACUCGUUUAAAAGAUGAACACAUCAAGCAAUUAAUAUUAAUUUUGCCAAAAUUAACACUUCUUGAUAUUCGUGAAUCUCGUGGAGUCACUCAAGAAGCUAAUAAUUAUGUUCAGGAUUAUUGUAAACAUCAUGGCCGAUCAAUCAAGUUUUAUUUUAAAAAAGACGACAAACAAAUUGAAUCUGAUUGGCCGCAGCUAUUGAAUCAUGCAGAGCAAAUUUGUCGUGGAUUUGAUUUCAUGGAACAUUGUUUUUUCAAAGAUUUUGGUUCUUUGCCUCGUUUUUUGGAUCCAAUAGAUGAUUAAAAAUGCAAAGGAGAAAAAAUUGUCAAUUCUUUGCACAUAAUUUUUGUGUCAGCUGUGAGGCGUAGCAUGUUGAAAGAAAUGUCGUGUAUAUCGAUAUCUCACCCAGACCAUAAUUAUCGAUCAUAGAUGAAAUUGAUGGACCAUUAAUGCUGAGUAAUUACUAGUCUUGAAAUAUUGAAACUCGAAGCUUUUAUUAUUCAAUGAGAAACCAAUUGAUAGAUAUUUUAAA